AAACAUCGCCAAUGGGUAUGCGGACAAAAAAAGGUUGAGAACCGCUGGUCUAUGCGGAAGUUACGGUAAUUUCGUCCCAACAGGACGCUUAAGCAAAACCUAGUGGCUAAAACACGCCUCGCAAAAUUUUUUUUUUAUUUGAUCCGAUUGACAGGCGCGUGCUUAAUAUUGAUGAUAAUAUUUUUAGAGCCAAAAUGGUUUGUUUGAUUGAUAUAGUGUCUUUCCCGAAGUUGUAGAUAAUGAUUUUAUCCUUCUAAAAAAUAUACGCCAAUUUUUUUUUUAAAUUAGUAUUUUGGGAUGGUUAAGUAGUGGGGCAAAUUGAAAUACCGAAAACAUCGAGAGAUUCCAUCCAAUAUGGGUAUUUUUUAGAACCGAGAUGAUAUACAAAAGUAGGAAAUCGACUCCAUAUGUAAUUUUGAAUCCUGAGAUGAUGACCUGGAAAACAGCAUAAAAUGGAAUCGAAAUGAUGCCCAGAAAUCCGCAAUCAACUCCAGACGCCAUUUUUACACCCAAGAUGGUGACUUCUAGUUCAUGGGAAACAACAUUAAAGGACCAAACACUACAUAUGUAUUAUGGUCUUUCCGAAAUUGAGGGUAUGACUGCUUUACGUCAGGUUUUCGGAAAAUAAACUCAAGAUGAUGCCCAGAACUUGACUCCAGACGCCGUGUCGAAGUUUAAGAAAGUGACUUCUGGAUCCUGGAAAACAGCCCAAAAUGACAAGAUCUAAAUAUUUCCGGAUUGAUAAAAUAUGCAUUGGCCGGAAACCAACUCCAGACGUUAUUUCGAAUUCCAAGAUGGUGACUUGUGGUUUCCGGAAAAGAGUUUAAAAUGGAUAUACACCAUCAAAUAUGCGUAUUUCCGGAACCAGAACAAAUUUGCUUUAUCAAACUCAAUUAUCUGUCUUAGGUUUUUUGUCACCAUCCGAAAAAGUCCAUUUUUUUAAUGCAAACAUAUACUACUGUGUCUCAUCACCGACCAAAAAAAAAAAAAAAACAAGUAUAAAUACCUGUAUUAACAUAAGAUUUCUUCAAGAGGAUCGAAAAUCUAAUGAAUUGAAUGAAUCUAAUGUUUUGUUCAUGUAAACGAGUCAACGCUUAAUUUAAGAUAAGUAAGAUUCACUUAAACACCUACUGGUUAGCUCCUAAAUUCAAAAAGCUUUUGCCACAUCUUUAAGACAUUUUUUUUAAACUAAACGAUUGAAAACAAAGUACAUCGAGAAGGUCCUAUGUUUGAUCUAAGAAUCACUCCGCAUCACUUAACCCAAAUAUUUUUUUCCCAAAUAGCCAACACAUGCGAGUAAACAUUAUACUCAUAAUCUAACCUUCAAGUUUGUCUCAAUGCAAUCUUCAUGCAGUUCUAAAAAAAGAUAACAAUGAUGCCACCAUAUCUGCUAUCUGUUCAGCCAUAGUCGGGUGCUAACUAAGCCGUCGUCAGUUGAUAUCGGGCGGACGAUUCUGAAUCACUGAGUACGCACUGACCUCACUGAUAAAUCUGGAAUUGCUCGAAAUAUUCAGACGAGCAUACAGGCAGAAGCUGCAUGAAAGGUCUCUCGUAUGUUUGAUUCAAUUAGCGCCAGUCACCGGAACUUUACUCACGAGCGUGGUCGCUGCAAGUGAUUAGCCGCGAAGCAUCCAUCUCGGGUACACGGAAAGAACAAGAAUUAGGAUUAUAUGAUUUUUUUUGACGACUUCACGGCAAGAUAUCAGCGAUGAAUGUAUGUCGCUGUCGUAUCAGUUUAAUUUUCUAUGUUUAAUUUUUACCGUGCGCAUCAUUUAAAACAAUGUAAUCUAACUGAAGGAAUACUGACAGGAGAUGGAUAGAUGGAUGGCUGAAAUUAGUAGCGGGAGCACUUCUGUACUAGUUGUUCGUUUCGGCAACGUUUUCGAAAAGUUUCGACUAGACUCAUUAUGAGCGACCCGGCGGAAGAAUUGAAGGAACUUAGGACCGUUCCAAAGGUUGCUCGGGAACCGUCGUCGUCGUUCGCGUUUUGCAAUGGUCCCUGCAUUCGCAAACAGUUACGCCGUAGAUUGCAUAUUGUCAACUGGAUUACCUCAUACGAUAAAGAGGAUUUGAUAUCGGAUUUUAUCGCUGGCAUAACGCUGGGUCUGACGAUCAUACCGCAGAGUAUCGCCUACGCAGCGAUCGCUGGAUUGCCCUCUCAAUAUGGCCUUUAUGCGGCUUUCAUGGGCUCUCUGCUGUACGUCAUCUUCGGCACCGUCAAGGAAGUUUCGAUUGGACCAACCAGUUUGAUGGCUCUACUCACCAUCCAAUAUACGGCGGACAAACCGAUUGAGUACGCCGUAAUGUUAGCCUUCUUGGCCGGUAUAAUCGAGCUACUGAUGGGCGUAUUUAAACUUGGCUUCCUGGUGAGCUUCAUACCGAUACCGGUUUCAUCGGCCUUCACCUCCGCCACCUCGUUCAUAAUCAUAGGAACACAGCUGAAGCACCUGCUGGGCAUUUCGACCGCCGGCAAUGGAUUCUUUCAGACCUUGUUCAACUUAUCCAGUCGACUGACCGAGUUUAGGGCGGGAGAUCUUCUGUUGGGCGCGUUUGCCAUAUUGUUUCUUCUAUCGCUUCGCCAGCUGACCCGAAUUCCAAUCAAGGACGAGACUACUGGGGGAAAGUUUCUGAAGAAACUCCUGUGGUACAUUAGUCUGUCGAGGAAUGCGCUGAUUGUGAUCAUAACGUCGGCGGUCGCGUACAACUGGAGCAGCUCAGGCGAGGAGGUCCCCUUCAAGCUAUCCGGACACGUCAAGCCAGGAAUUCCCGGUUUCGAAUUUCCAAUACACAACGUCGAAGCUGGCAACACGACGAUCACGUACUUCGAAGUGGUUAAGGACUUCGGAAGCGGUUUGAUUGUUAUUCCACUGGUGGCAGUACUGGCGAAUGUGUCCAUCGCGAAAGCGUUCACGGCAGGAAAAAUCGUUGACGCUUCACAGGAAAUGAUCGCGCUGGGGUUGUGCAACAUCGUUGGAUCCUGCUUCAGCUCGAUGCCGACUUGUGGAGCCUUCACCCGGUCGGCCGUCAGCCACUCGAGUGGAGUUCGAACUCCACUGGCCGGGAUGUAUUCGGCCGUGCUAACGUUGUUGGCGUUGAGUCUUCUAACACCGUACUUCUACUUCAUACCCAAGACUACCCUGGCUUCAGUGUUGAUCUGUUCAGUGAUGUUCAUGAUCGAUUUCAAAAUUGUGGAUAAACUACGGAAGUCGUCCGUCAUCGAUACGUUAUCGUGGUUUGGUUGCUUUAGUGUUAGCUUGUUUGCUGGCGUUGAAAUUGGCCUGCUGUUUGGAAUCUUGAUCAGCGUAAUGGGACUUCUCAGGGUUUGGGUGCGUCCCGAUAUUCAGCAGCAUCCAGUAGAACAGCAAGGAUUCCGCUAUGUAAAACUAAGCCCAGAGACGGGACUAUUUUUCCCGGCUGUCGAUUUUCUGAGAACCAGCGUAAUCAAGGUGGCUACCGAGCGGCAGCUUCCGGUGGUAAUCGACUGCACCUCAGUGAUUGGAUUGGAUCAUACCUCGGCAAAGGGGCUUAAGGAAUUGACCAAGGAACUAGCGCAGGUACAGCAGAAGUUGAUACUGCUUAACCUCAAACCUCAGCUUCGAAAACUGCUCAAGGAAAAGAAAACAGACGGUUUGUUUACCUACUGGGAAACGACGGAAUGACUACUGCUAACAACAACUGUCAGUUACAAAAUACAGAAUGAAAUCUU